CCCUUUAGCGCGGUGAGUUUGAAACUGCUCGCACUUAGUUUCAAAGCUGGCUCUGGCGAGGUGAGCGGAGAGCUUCGCGGACGUGGUUAUCUGGCGCCGCGGAGACAACAAGCCGGGAUCUACCAUACCUACUGAUUAACUAUGGAGGAUUAUACCAAAAUCGAGAAAAUUGGAGAAGGUACCUAUGGAGUUGUAUAUAAGGGUAGACACAAAACUACAGGCCAAGUGGUAGCUAUGAAGAAAAUCAGACUAGAAAGUGAAGAGGAAGGGGUUCCUAGUACUGCAAUUCGGGAAAUUUCUCUAUUAAAAGAACUUCGUCAUCCAAAUAUAGUCAGUCUUCAAGAUGUGCUUAUGCAAGAUUCCAGGUUAUAUCUCAUCUUUGAAUUCCUUUCCAUGGAUCUCAAGAAAUACUUGGAUUCAAUCCCUCCUGGUCAGUUCAUGGAUUCUUCGCUUGUUAAGAGUUAUUUAUACCAGAUCCUACAGGGGAUUGUGUUUUGUCACUCUAGAAGAGUUCUUCAUAGAGAUUUAAAACCUCAAAAUCUGUUGAUUGAUGACAAAGGAACUAUUAAGCUGGCUGAUUUUGGCCUUGCCAGAGCUUUUGGAAUACCUAUUAGAGUGUAUACACAUGAGGUAGUAACACUCUGGUAUAGAUCUCCAGAAGUAUUGCUGGGGUCAGCUCGUUACUCGACUCCAGUUGACAUUUGGAGUAUAGGCACCAUAUUUGCAGAAUUAGCAACUAAGAAACCACUUUUCCAUGGAGAUUCAGAAAUUGAUCAGCUCUUCCGGAUUUUCAGAGCCUUGGGCACACCCAAUAACGAAGUGUGGCCAGAAGUGGAAUCCUUACAGGACUAUAAGAAUACAUUUCCUAAGUGGAAACCAGGAAGCUUGGCAUCUCAUGUCAAAAAUUUGGAUGAAAAUGGCUUGGAUUUGCUCUCGAAAAUGUUAGUCUAUGAUCCUGCCAAACGGAUUUCUGGCAAAAUGGCACUAAAUCAUCCAUAUUUUAAUGAUUUGGACAAUCAGAUUAAGAAGAUAUAGCUCUUUGACAAAGUUUCCACAUUGCUACACCAAGAAUGAAUAGUUGUAUUUUUACUGUUAACUCUAUUUUUGUCUUGUAUAUUUUUCUUUUCUUUGUUGUAAAACUUAAGCUGUUCUUCUUCUUAUUUCAAAACUGUAACUUAAAAAUGUAAAUAUUGUUCUAUAUGAAUUUAAAUGUAAUUCUGUAUAUGUGUGUAGAUCUUUCUGUAACAACUUUUUGUUACUAUAAUAAAACAAUAAAUCUAAUAUUGAUGUCAGGAAUUGGAGAAAAUUUGAGGUAGCUUAAAUCAGUUCAGUCUUUACAGCAGUUGUGUUAUAUAGUUGGAACUACUAAAACGUAGGGAAGUGUGCUACGUUCCAAGUUUCAUAAUGCUUUGAAGAAUUUUUAUGCUCUGUUUUCUUGCCAUAUGGUAACUAUACAACCUGCCUAAAGAUGAAUAUUUUUCUGCUGGUAUUUCAGUUUGUGACUUAAAUGUUUAAGCAUCAGGAUGGGAACACUAGACAGAUUUGAAAAAUGAUGCUAAAUUUAUAGGAGUUUUCAGUAACUUAUAAAACUAACAUUAGAGCAUGCCAAAGUUGGCUAAGUUUUACAGUCAAAGAUCAAGGGUUGUCCACAGCAGGGAAGAACAGUUGUGAAAAUUUAUGAACUAUCCUAUUUUUAGGAGUGUUACGAAAGCUAUUUGUCUAAGUAAUUUUUUUUGCCUCGGUCAGAAGUAAUAACUGUUUGAAGUAGUUAUGUUGGCUUUCAAGUGUGAUUUAAAAAUUACUUAAAAAUUUUGACACAGUGUUUAUUAGCAGCCUUCUACAAAGGUUCUGAUGUACAAUACAUGUGUUUGGCUCAGAUCAGUAGGUUUAGUAAUUAAAUUGUCUAAUUCGUAA